AUGGCCGUCGUUGGAAUUGAUUUUGGAACUCUACAUUCAAAGAUCGGUGUCGCAAGGCAUCGCGGAAUCGAUAUUAUCACCAAUGAGGUGUCCAAUCGCGCAACACCAUCUCUAGUCGCAUUCGGACCCAAGCAGCGCGCCAUCGGUGAGGCCGCAAAGACCCAGGAGACAUCCAACUUCAAAAACACCAUCGGAUCCCUGAAACGCCUGAUUGGCAGGGCUCUCUCUGACCCCCAGGUGCAGGAUGUCGAGAAAAAGUUCAUCAAUGCGAAGUUGGUGGAUAUCAACGGAACCGUCGGUGCUGAGGUCACAUAUCGUUUCGAAAAGGUUCAAUACACCAUUACCCAGCUCGUGGCGAUGUACUUGGGCAAACUGCGCGAUAUCGCCGCAGCUGAGCUCAAGACAGUAGUUUCCGACAUCGUCAUCUCCGUUCCGGGAUGGUACACCGAUGUGCAGAGACGAGCUAUCAUCGACGCCGCUGCCAUUGCCAACCUCAACGUUCUCCGUCUCAUCAACGAUACCACCGCAACUGCACUUGGAUACGGAAUCACAAAAUCUGACCUCCCAGAGCCCGAGAACCCCCGCCAUGUCGUUUUUGUCGAUGUGGGCCACGCCGAUUUCUCCGUCGCCGUCGUCGCCUUCUCCAAGGGCCAGCUCACCGUCAAGAGCACCGCUUAUGAGCGCAAUCUUGGCGGACGCGACAUUGACUACGCCCUCAUGCAGCACUUUGCCAAAGAAUUCAAGACCAAGUACAAGAUCGACGUCCUGAGCAACCCCAAAGCUACCUUCCGCCUCGCCGCCGGAUGCGAGAAGAUCAAAAAAGUGCUUUCCGCUAACACCGAUGCACCCCUCAACGUCGAAUCUAUCAUGAACGAUGUUGAUGCCUCCUCCAAGCUCACCCGUGAUGAACUCGAGACUCUCAUCGCCGACGUGCUCGACCGCAUUCCCGGCCCUCUCCAGCGCGCAAUUACUGACUCCGGCCUCACUGUCGAUCAGAUUGACAGCAUCGAGCUCAUCGGAGGCACCACCCGUGUCCCCUCCGUGCGCCAGCGCAUCCAGGACGCUUUCCCCGGCAAAUCGCUCUCGACUACGCUGAACCAGGACGAGGCCAUUGCGCGCGGCGCUACCUUUGCCUGCGCGAUGCUCUCGCCUGUCUUUCGCGUGCGCGACUUCCAUGUCAACGACAUCAACCACUACCCAAUCAAGACUCAGUGGACUGCGUCGCCCACCGACCCCGAUGACGACACCGAGCUGCUCGUCUUCCCCCAGGGCAACUCCAUCCCAUCGACCAAGGUGCUGUCGUUCUACCGCAAGGAGCCUUUCACCAUCGAGUCUGUGUAUGCGGAUCCUGCUCUCCUUCCCGGUGGCAUCAACCCAUGGAUCGCCAACUUCACUGCCAAGGAGGUCCCCGUGGCGCCCAACGGCGAUGCGACGUGCGUCAAGCUCAAGACGCGCCUGAACUUGCACGGAAUUAUGUCGUUUGAGGCGGCGUAUGUUGAGGAGGUCGAAGAGCGUGAAGAGGCCGCCCCCGCCCCUGCGCCUAUGGACGUCGACGGAGGAGCUGACGGUGCGGCGGCCCCUCCCCCACCGGCUCCCAAGAAGAAGCGUGUGGUGAAAAAGAAGGAGAUUCCGUUCGUCGCGACGAACAGUUCUCUCGAGAAGUCGGUUGUGGAGAACUACAAGGAGCUCGAGAGCCAGCUGCACGCUGCUGACAAGCUCGUUAUGGAUACUGAGGACCGCAAAAACGCACUCGAGGAGUACGUCUACGACAUGCGCGGCAAGCUCGAGGACCGCUAUGCCUCGUACGUCAAGGCUGAAGAGAAGGCCAAGCUCCUUGCCGGCCUUUCCGAGGCUGAGGAAUGGCUCUACACCGAAGAAGGUGAAGAGGCGACCAAGUCUGCGUACGUCGCGCGCCUCGACGCCCUCAAGGCCAUCGGCGACCCCAUCGUCUUCCGCUACCGUGAAGUCGACGAGCGCAAAAAGGCUGCCGCCAACCUCCGCGAGACGCUGGACAACUACAUGUCGCAGGCGACCUCUUCCGAGGAGAAGUACGCGCACAUCGAGGAGAAGGAUAAGCAGGCUGUUAUCGAAAAGGUCGCGACGAUCCGCAAGUGGCUCGAGGACCAGAGCGUACGCCAGGGCGAACGCGAGAAGAGUGCGGAUCCUGUCCUGACCAGCGCGGAGAUUGAGAAGAAGAGGGACGAGCUGAUCUAUUUCGCGAUCCCAAUUUUGACCAAGCCCAAGCCCAAGCCCGUCGUAACUCCUGGAGGCAGCGGCACACAAACGCCCAACCCCGAGUCGACACAGACACCCCCGCCCCCACCGCCCAAAGAGGAGGAGAGCGGCCCUUCGGAGAUGGACGUCGAUUAG